UGUAGUGUCAUUCAUUGUUGUCGAGAGGUGAAAUGGCGCAGCAAAGAAAUGAAGCACCAGAGGUGAAACUCAGCUGUUCGAUCUGUCUGGAUCUACUGAAGGAUCCGGUGACUAUUCCCUGUGGACACAACUACUGCAUGAGCUGUAUUAAAACCUCCUGGGAUGAAGGACAUCAGGGAGGAAUCUACAGCUGUCCUCUGUGCCGAGAGACUUUCUACCCGAGGCCUGUCCUGGUGAAAAACACCAUGUUGGCAGAUUUAGUGGAUGAACUGAAGAAGUCUGGACACCAAACUGCUCCAGCUGAUCACUGCUAUGCCAGACCUGGAGAUGUGGCCUGUGAUGUCUGCACUGGGAGGAAGCUGAAAGCCUUCAGGUCCUGUCUGGAUUGUCGGGCCUCUUACUGUGAGCAACACCUUCAGCCUCACUACCAAUCUCCUACUUUAAAUCACAAACUUUUUGAAGCGUCUGUUAAGCUCCAGGAGAACAUCUGCUCCCGUCACGGUGAGGUAAUGACGUUUUUCUGCCGCACUGAUCAGCAGUGUAUCUGCAUUCUCUGCUCAAUGGAUAAUCAUAAUGGCCAUGACAUUGUCUCAGCUGCAGCAGAAAGGACUGAGAAGCAAAACAAGCUUGGUGAAAUUUGGCAAAACAUCCAGCCAAAAAUCCAGGAACGAGAGAAAGAUGCAAAGCUGCUUCAGAAAGAAAUGGAAACUAUCAAUAACUCUGCAGAUAAAGCAGUGGAGGACAGUGAGAAGAUCUUUACUGAGUUGAUCCGUGUCAUAGAGAAAAGAAGCUCUGAGGUGAAGGAGCAGAUCAGAUCCUGGCAGAAAACUGAAGUGAGUCGAGUCAAAGAGCUUCAGGAGAAGCUGGACCAGGAGAUCACUUACAUGAAGAGGAAAAACGUCGAGCUGGAGGAGGUCUCACGCUCAGAGGAUCACACCAAGUUUCUUCAAAGUUACCACUCACUGUCCAUACUUACUGGAUCUACAUACUCACCACUACCAAAAACUGAUCGUUUGUGGUACUUUAAGGAUGUGAUUGCAGCUGUGACAGCAGCAAGUGAUAAAAUGCAGAACAUUCUUACUGAGAAACUGUCUUUCUCAAAACUCAUGAACAGCGCUCAGUUCUUACAAUAUUCAUGUGAAAUCACAAUGGAUCCAAACACAGCAGGCACGAAGCUGGUUUUAUCAGACGAGAACAGAAAAAUAACAUAUGCUGACCAAUAUAUGUCAUAUCCUGAUCAUCCAGACAGAUUUGAGUACCUACCUCAGGUCCUGAGUAAAGAGGGACUGACUGGACGUUGUUACUGGGAGAUGGAGAUAAGCAGGGAUGCUAAAGUAGCAGUCGCUUACAAGAGUAUUGCCAGAUCAGGGGAGUUUAGCGCACGUUUCUUUGGACAGAAUAAGAAGUCCUGGGUAUUACGUUGUGACGAUAGUUACACCUUCACACAUGACGGCGACCACACAUUCAUCUCUGCUCCUAAAUCCUCCAGAGUAGGAGUGUACCUGGAUCACAGUGCAGGUACUCUGGCCUUCUUCAGCGUCUCUGAAACUAUGACUCUCCUCCACAGAGUCCAGACCACAUUCACUGAGCCGCUCUAUGCUGGAGUUUGGCUUUUGGGUUUUUGUGGAGAUACUGCUGAGUUUUGUAAACCAAGGUAAUCAUGAAAAGCCAGAGGAGUGGUUAAUAUCAAAGAAAUGUAUCGUAACCUCUGCAGGACAUGAAUAAAAGAGGCAGUUUAGGUUUAAGUGAUUUAACUCAGGGUGGCUGGUGCUAUUGGGACCUUUUGUUUGUUUUAAUCAAAUGCAGAAUGUGUAAAUAUUUGCAAUUGUUUCAAAUUAUGCCUCAUGUAAGACAGGUCAGGAGUCAACAUUAUAUUUACUUCCCAGAAAAGAUUCUGAGGCAGUGAGUAAAACUGAUAAUCAAUAAUUUGAGUGACUGUUAAACUUGUUCAUUAUUUGGUGCAUUUUCUGUAUUUCUGUUUAAUAUACUCUAUGUGUGACAAAUAAGAUAACUACACAUUACUGUUUAGUCCUCUGAUGCAAUGCAAAGGUUUUAUUGAUGUGACUGUAAAUACGCAAAUUUAGAAUAGCUAACAAUAUAUUUUAUGCUGUUAUUAGAUAUAUUUAAUAGGCAGAGGAACUAAAAGAUGUUUUCUGAAGACGCAUUUUAAAUGAGAAUGAUUAGAAAUGUAAAAUGUAAUAAACUGCCUGAGAUUUUCUAAAUUCACAGAUUCAGACUGUUAUUUUGUGAGUGUUUAAAGUCUAAUUCUUCUCAUCAACCAGCUAUUUUUACAUGAAUAAGCAGCUGAAACGCUGAAUUAUUAAUAAAGAAACCCUACUAACCACUUAGUUUGACGGAAAUAAACAUAACUACAAAAAUAUUCAAGAAUGCAAAGAUGUAAAUAAGCAAACUUAGAAGUAACAACAGUAAGUCAGAGCUAGUGAAGGUGAAAUAAAACAUGUCAGCUGUACUACAACCUCUGAUAAAACAGAGCAGUUAUUAAUACAAAAAGAAGGAAAAAACAAAAGUUAAAGUAGAAGGGCAUUCUGAGAGCACAGACCUCUGCAAAGGCAUGCCCUAUCUCACAAUGUUAAUACAGCGUCAAUGUUCGUGAACGCAUUUUACAGAUUAUUCAGACACCACAUGAAUGCAGCACAAAUCUCGCAAUGUUAACGAAAUUAGAAAUAAUUUGUGUAUCUGCCCCAUGAUUUGGAUCUGCUCUAAAGUGUUAUUGGUUCUUCUUUGGCCAAAGCUACAACCUCCCACCAGGUUUUAUGAAAAUCGGGACAGUAUUUUGUUUUUUUAAUCCUGCUGUCAAGUAAGUUGAGAUCCUUGACGUGAGCCAACAAGUGGAAAACAAGGGACAUUCCAUCAGUAGUCUCUGAAAUGGGAAAUAAGGGACUUUCCAUGACAGGUGUCUACCUAGGAAGAUUGGGGACUUUCCGCCUGAGUAGAUGAGGAAAUGCACAAUGAGCAAUAGGUAAAAAGAAGAUAGUGAUUCUAAAGCUACAAGCAAAACAUGUGUAUAUUGAAGGAAUGAUUAUUGGUUGAUUGUUAAGGAUAAUUAUAUAACAAAAUGUGAGAGCAACGAACAAAGCCACUAUCGCAGAGAGAGGAUCUCCUAUUACUUACGGCCGGCACGGGAGUGUCUGGCAAAAGGAGGAUUAACCAUCCCCACCCGGCCUAAGGUUAACAAUCUGGAUUUUAAGGAGCACUCUUUCGUUCACCCUGUCAACAGUGACUGUUCUGGAUACGAGACUUUGCGGACUUUUGGAUUGAGUCGGAAGUCUCAACAGCAAUCAAUCAGUCUCAGUCUCUCUCUCAGUCUCUCUCUCAGUCUCUCUCUGGUUUGGACUUAAACUGUUUCUACUUACGUGUAUUAGGUUAAGCUAAUCACCUUGAGAUCUAUAAAUAAUCAGUAUUAAGAAUCAAAUGCUUCAUGCAAUUCCCUUGCUAAAUCCUGCAA